AUGGAAAGAUUCUGUGAAAAUCGGCUCGUUUUUCACGUUUUUUGGCAAGAAACGCGGCGGUUGACGGCGGGAAAUGGCUGGAACGUGUCAGCAGGGCUGGGCGGGUCAGGUUGGUACCGGUGCUGUGGCCUGUGCUGUGAGAUUCUAAGAGAGAAAGAGAGAAAGUUAAGACAGCAAGAGAUCACAUUUGAUGCAAUCCAUGCUUGUUAA